CUUCCACAGCGGCGGCUCAGUCCCGGGCUGGAGCUCCCGCCUGAGCACCUUCCGCGCCGCAUGGAUCCCCCGGUGGCCGCCUACGCCGGGACCCCCGCCGUCUCCCGGGGCGCCCCCCGCCCGCGUGCCCGCCUGCGCGGCCUGCGGGGCCUGCGGGGCCUGCGGGGCCUGCUGGGGCCCGAGAGGCGACGGGAGGCGGCGCAGCUGGCGGCGAUCGCCGUCCCCGUGUUCUUCGCACAGCUGAUGAUCUUUCUCAUCAGCGUCGUCAGCUCCAUAUUCUGCGGACAUCUGGGGAAAGUCCAGCUGGAUGCGGUGUCGCUCGCUGUGUCGGUUGUGAAUGUUACUGGAAUUUCAGUUGGAACCGGCUUGGCCUCUGCUUGUGACACACUAAUGUCGCAGUCCUUCGGAGGCAAGAACCUGAAGCGUGUCGGGGUCCUGCUGCAGAGAGGGAUGCUCAUCCUGCUUCUGUGCUGCCUCCCAUGCUGGGCGCUCUUCCUGAACACUGAGCACAUCCUCCUGCUCCUCAGGCAGGACCCUGAAGUCUCCAGGAUUGCCCAAAUUUAUGUGAUGAUUUUUAUUCCUGCUCUUCCUGCCGUGUUUCUAUUCCAGCUGCAAACAAGAUAUUUACAAAGUCAGGGCAUCAUCAUGCCUCAGGUUAUUAUUGGGAUUGUAGCGAAUGUCAUCAACGUGGGCAUGAACAUCCUACUGCUGUACGUUCUGGACCUUGGAGUGCUAGGAUCUGCCUGGGCAAACACAACUUCCCAGUUCUUCUUGUGUGCUCUUCUGUUCCUGUACAUUCGGUGGAAGAAAAUCUACAUCAGCACCUGGGGAGGCUGGUCAAAGGAAUGUUUCCAGGAGUGGGGCCCCUUCAUACAGCUGGCGAUUCCCAGUAUGUUCAUGGUAUGCAUCGAGUGGUGGACCUUUGAGAUCGGGACCUUACUUGCAGGACUGAUUAAUGUGACAGAACUUGGAGCCCAGGCCAUCAUUUAUGAACUGGCCUCUGCAGCUUACAUGGUGCCUUUUGGCCUUGGUGUGGCAGCCAGCGUCCGAGUGGGCAAUGCCCUGGGGGCAGGAGACACGGAGCAGGCUCAUCACUCCUGCGUCACUGUCCUGCUGUGUGCUGCUUUUUGUGGACUUGUAGUGGGUGUUUUGUUUGCAAUACUGAAGGAUGUGGUUGGCUAUAUAUUCACCAGUGACAAGUAUGUAUCACAGAGAAAAAGAGACAUCAUUUCCCUUGUGAGUCUUGUGAUGCCAAUCUAUAUUCCCUUUCACCUAUUUGAUGCACUUGCUGGCACCUGUGGUGGAGUCCUCAGAGGUGUAGGAAAACAGAAGGUCGGAGCUGUGUUGAAUGCCAUUGGCUAUUACGUGUUUGGCUUUCCCAUUGGAGUAUCACUGAUGUUUGCGGCCAAACUUGGUAUAAUAGGUCUCUGGUCUGGACUGAUAGUUUGUGUCUUUCUUCAAGCCCUUUUCUAUUUGGUCUACAUCUGCAGGAUAAACUGGAUUGAAGCUGCAGAGAAGGCGCAGGUUCGAGCUGGACUAAAAAGGAUGAAAGAGACAAUGCCUACCCCAACAGAUCUCCCUAUGCUGGACAAAGAAGUAACUGAUGGAGUGAUUUUACCUGACAUCAUCCGGCCAGAGAGCCAGAAUGUGCAGCUGGUGGUGACAGAGGAAAGCAGCCAGUCUGACUUGUCCACCGUCGGGAAUGUUCUGACCGUGCGCCAGCUCAUCUUCUUCCGCGGGCUAGCAUUCACUGCUGCUGUUGGUGUUCUGUUAGCAGGGAUUUUAAUAAGAGUUUUAAAUGACCGUGGCUAAAUUAGAAGAAUUCUCACCAGCCCACAAGCUAGAAAUAUAUAAAGUAUGGGAAGUGGCUAGUCAGCAAAACCCUUGAGAGCGGUUUUGCUCUCUGCGGUGAGAGGAAGCCUCAUGAAUUCUUGGCCAUGCUGAGAACCCACACCAUCUGCUCAGGAUCAGGAAAGGAGGGGUUUAUCAUUUUAAGUAAACUUCCAUCCAAAGCUCAACUAGAUCAUGGUUUUAAAACUUGUGAAAAACAAAGCCAGCCAUAAUUUUGAGUAUCUCAAAUGUUUGUUACUUUUAUAUAUUUAAUACUUUUCUUAGGCCUGUAAAGAGGUCCAGUGUUCUACAAAAGUAGUUGCUGGGGCUGACCCACGUUCUGUCCCAGCACCUUGUGGUCCCCAAGUUGCAGGAGCAUCUCUGCGCAGAGCCAGGAAUAAGCCCUGAGCUCUGCCAGUAUGGCCCAAAGCAAAGAAAAGUAGUUUCUGAUCUAGUUUUGUUUGUAUUUCUCCAUUAGUGUACUUAAUCUUGGCAGUGAGUAGAAAUUAAAUAUCUAUUCAAGUCUUACCUCAAGUAUUGCUGUAUACAUUUUUAUAAAUUAAACAUCUUAACACUUACCAUGUAUGCUGAUAAUCUUUGUGGGCCUAAAACCAGUCCAUAUUAUUGCUUUUAGGUGUUCACCCUUUAAAAAAAAUUUAGUAACAACUUGUAUACUAAGUAGAAACUAAAUCUGUGUUCUGUUUUGCUGUUCAUCUUCCAGAAUGAUGGCAGGGAUGGCUUCCCUCAUCCAGCAAGAGACUUUUAGAACCCUUUCUAAAAUUAAAAUUACUAAUACUGGGGAGUCUUCAAAACAAAGCUCGUCAAAUGAGCAAGGUGGUUUCUGGUUCAAAGCCAGUCGGCAGCCAGUGCUUCCUUUAGCUUUCAUCUCCUACUCUGAAAUAGGAACAUCCUGGGCAUCACAUCUUUUUUAAAAAAUAGGCAAAGGACUUGAAUAGAUAUUUCCCCCCUCCCCCAAAAAAAUUGCCAAUGAACUUAGGGAAAUUAAUAUAUUGAUAGUAUCAGUAAUUUACAUGAGAAAUGCAGAUGAAACCCAUAAUGAGAAUGCUUCACAUGUACUAAGAUGGUGCAAUAAAAACAAUAUAAAGGCUUUAUUCUAUAGUAGCCCAUCUGUGUCAGGUUGUAAGAUAUUUUUCAAUAUUUAUAAAUUUUAUUUUCAUAAAGUAGUUCACAAUAGUUCACUAUAGAUAAUAUUUAAAUAGCCACCCCACCAGCGAGCAUCUUCCCACCACAAUAAGAGGGAAGUGUAUAAAGGUUGUUGUAUUUCAUUCUGGAGCAAAUUAAGCCUGCAUGUAAGAGAAUACAAGCAAGUAUGUUAAAACCAAACAAAUGUGUGCUACUUUAGUUACAUCAGUGGGCUCGAGUACAAGAUGUCACACAGCCACAAAUGCCACCAGGAAAUACUGCAUCACUCUCUUCUGGGAGUUUUUUAGUCUCUGGUUCUUGGCCAUUGAUGAGAUCACAUGACACCAGGGGUGGUUUGUGGUGUGACUGCCAAGCUACUGGAAACUAGGGAUCUGGGUGGAGGAGGCCCAGUCCCGAUCCAAGCAGGCUUGGAGAUCUCAGCCACGGUCCCGCAUACCUGGAUUCCUCUUCUGGUUCCUUCAUGUGUGAGGCUCGUCUGAGCAUGUGGAGAGUGGCCUUGAGUAUGGCUGCGGCUGGGUUCUG